UUGAAGAAUGAUACUUCAACCGGAAGAAGUUUUUACGUGACACGUAAAAACUUUACACGCAUUAGCCAGCUGGAUGGGAGGAGAGGGAGUCGGGCGAAGACAAACAUGAACAAGCUGAAGUCCUCACAGAAGGAUAAAGUUCGCCAGUUCAUGAUUUUCACGCAAUCCAACGAGAAGACUGCACUGACCUGUCUGUCACAGAAUGACUGGAAACUAGAUGUUGCCACGGACAAGUUUUUCCAAAAUCCAGAGCUCUAUGUUUCAAAUCUAAAGGGAGCCUUAGACAAGAAGAAGCUCGAGCAGCUGUACAACAGAUACAGAGAUCCUCAUGACGACAACAAGAUUGGCAUCGACGGGAUCCAGCAGUUCUGUGACGACCUGGGUUUGGAUCCGGCCAGUAUAAGUGUCCUCCUCAUAGCCUGGAAGUUCAGGGCAGCAACACAGUGCGAGUUCUCAAAACAGGAGUUCAUGGAUGGCAUGGCUGAACAGGGGUGUGACAGUAUAGACAAGUUAAAAGCUCAGCUGCCAAAGAUGGAGCAAGAGUUAAAGGACCAAGGGAAAUUUAAGGACUUUUACCAGUUUACAUUUAAUUUUGCAAAGAAUCCUGGCCAGAAAGGUUUGGAUUUAGAAAUGGCAAUUGCAUAUUGGAAUUUAGUACUGGCUGGAAGAUUCAAGUUCCUGGACUUGUGGAACAAAUUUUUAGUUGAGCACCACAAAAGAUCCAUUCCUAAGGACACAUGGAACCUCUUACUAGACUUCAGCACAAUGAUCACAGAUGACAUGUCAAAUUAUGACGAGGAAGGAGCAUGGCCUGUCCUCAUUGAUGACUUUGUGGAGUUUGCUCGGCCACACAUCGGGACCAAAAGCACAGCAGUUUAAGGGCUGCUCUCACUGAAGGAACAUCCAUGUGAGGUUUCUACAAAACAGAGAGUGCAGCGAAUGGAGGACAAGGGGACCACACUGAGCUGAGAACUACGUUGCCUUUCAACCCUCAGGACUGAAAUAUUUUACACAGCAGAGACUUUAUAUAUGUGUGUGUAUGUACAUAUAUAAAAAGGCAUAUCUCUUUGUUGGUCAACUUGUGGUGGUUUGGAACUUUUAUCUAAAGUAUUGGGCUUUUUGUGUGCGCUCAAGCCAACUACAGAGGAGUCACCAUCUUUGCCCACGUGGUUGGGCUCCGCUCAAAAGCAGGUAGAUAGAUACACUUUUGAAUUGUAAUGUAAUACAAGGGUUUGUGAGGGGAUGUCAUUCUUUAAAUAUUGAAAUAUUGAAUUUUAACACUCUUGUGUGCAUUCCUGAUUUUUUUUUUUUUUUUUGUUUGUUUUGUUUUUACGAUACAUUUGUGUGACAAGUCAGUAUAAAACGUUGAUUGUAAUUUUUUAAGAAUAAUGCUGUUUGUUUAAACACAAAUGUAUAAAGAUAAAAUAAAUGUUUCAAUUUGGUAUCUUUAA